AUGACAGAGUUCGCACAUAACCCCACUCGCAUCCCACCAUGUUCCCUCGCAUCCCACCAUGUUCCCUCGCAUCCCACCAUGUUCCCUCGCAUCCCACCAUGUUCCCUCGCAUCCCACCAUGUUCCCUCGCAUCCCACCAUGUUCCCUCGCAUCCCACCAUGUUCCCUCGCAUCCCACCAUGUUCCCUCGCAUCCCACCAAGUUCCCUCGCAUCCCACCAUGUUCCCUCGCAUCCCACCAUGUUCCCUCGCAUCCCACCAUGUUCCCUCGCAUCCCACCAUGUUCCCUCACAUCCCACCAUGUUCCCUCACAUCCCACCAUGUUCCCUCACAUCCCACCAUGUUCCCUCACAUCCCACCAUGUUCCCUCGCAUCCCACCAUGUUCCCUCGCAUCCCACCAUGUUCCCUCGCAUCCCACCAUGUUCCCUCGCAUCCCACCAUGUUCCCUCGCAUCCCACCAUGUUCCCUCACAUCCCACCAUGUUCCCUCACAUCCCACCAUCCCACCAUGUUCCCUCACAUCCCACCAUGUUCCCUCGCAUCCCACCAUGUUCCCCCACAUCCCACCAUGUUCCCUCACAUCCCACCAUGUUCCCUCACAUCCCACCAUGUUCCCUCACAUGCCCCAACAACCCCCCUCGCAUGCCCCAACAAACCCCCUCGCAUGCCCCAACAACCCCCCUCGCAUGCCCCAACAACCCCCCUCACAUGCAUGGCAAGAGCGUUGUACACGUUGA